AUGAAAGGCCUUUUGACUUUGCUUUCCUUCAUCGCUGCCUUCUCGUCCGUCGUCUUGGGACAGACAGAUUCGGAGCCCAUCCAGUACACACCAACACACAACAUCACCACCAUCGUCGGCACAUGGUCGUCGGGAAGCCAGGCCGUAGUAACUGGUCCAGGCUUCGCAUCUCCCAACAAUCUGUCGUUCUUCCUCCCUGAGAAUACGGGUGUCUCAUACUCAUUCACCGACGAUGGUUUCUACGAAGUCGCCCAGUUCCGGCUGAAUGGCAAUGGGUCCGCUCCCAACUGCGCCACCGCUGUCCUACUCUGGGCGCACGGCCAGUACACUCUGCAGCCCAACGGCUCCAUCACCGGCGUCCUGUUUGGAGAUGGCUAUCAGCAAAUCCAAGAUCCCUGCACGGCCGUGUCGAGUUUCGUACAGGCCUACAAUACAACGGAGCUGUAUCAGUCGUGGGGGAUCUCGCAGGACCCGACGCUCGGGUAUACACUGCAGCUUUACCAGUACAACGGCGAGCCCCUGCCGCCGCAGUAUCAGAUCACGACAAGUCCCAUUAUGCUGCCCACGCAGCCGCUUCGCAAUGUCACUCCUGCGAGCACUCCGGCUCCGGCGGAUAACAUCGUGAUCAGAAAGAGGAGUGAUGCGAGUACGAGAUGGGGAUGGAACUUGGGUCUGUGGUGA